AUAUUAAGAAAUAAAAGGCUCUAUGGCUACCUAAUGACUGUGGGUUAUUUCAACAAAACUGACAGCAUUUAUUUUCAUAGGAAAAUAUACUGCACCAGAACUCUGAAAAUACCAGAGGGCAAGCAGUUUGGGGUUCUUAAUUGUUUCAUUUUAGCCUUCUUUGUUUUUCUAUUUAUUAGUUGUUUUUUCUUUUAAUAGAGUCUGUUCUAUUCCAAAUAUUCAGAUCGUUUGAUUUUUAAAGAGAAUUUGCGGUUUGAAUUAAACCCAACUGGAAAUUGACUUCAUUUGAAAAAGAUUUUCCUUCAAAUUUUUUCCUACACUGGCAUUCAUUUAGACAGAAAACAGUAAAGGAGCCACACAGAUGCUGUGGAGCUCUGGCUUUAUGUCUACAUUGUGAUUCUUGGUAUUGUGAGUCUUGCCUGAAGUCAUCUUUUAAUGGCAGUGGUGUGGGCAGAAUGGAGUUGUGGGGAGAAGGGCAGUCCUGUGCUGUCCGCAGCCCAAGAAUGAGAAGGAAAGGGACAAGGCUUCACAAGAAACAGCACAUGCUUUCCUUUCAUUUCUGGGAGUCCCGGGGACAACCUACAGAUGCUGCUUUUUCCGUGGCCGAUGGCAUUCAGAUUCCUCUCUGUGGCCGACGGUGCCAGGCAAACAACUGGACAGGGCAGCUCAGCUACAGAACACUGGCCACAGUCUCGGCCAGAGCAGCAGCCCCCCAGCCACAGACCACCUCUGCCACCCCAUCCAGGAGCCUUCCCGCCUCCUUCAGGCUUGCUGCGGCCCCGCCACAGGGGCUGAAGAACUGGGAGGUGGUGGCAGCAGUGCCUACAGCUUUGGGGCCAGUCCAGACACGUGGGACCCUGCUUCGGGCAACUCUGCAGCCCCUCCAGAGCCAGAGAGGGACCCAAGACUUCCCCAGCGCUCACCAUUGUCUCUUCCUGUGGCUGAAACGUGGGCAAGGGCUCAUAAUGGAAACUGCCCCUCCUGAGCCGAAUUCCGAAGCAAGACAGGAAGAGGUGGGGGUCGGGGUGAGCAGUGCUCAAGACAGCCAGGAGCUCAAGCAGCAGCUGUGGCCACUUCCCAAGCCUUCAGCGUCCUCCCAGAGAGAAGCGAAAUAUGUGGAGAUGUGCGCUUCAGCUGAAGUCCAGAGGGAGAGUCCCCGGACCAUGAAACUUACCCUGGGGCACUGCCCUGGGGGUCAGAGGGCCUUGAGGAGCCCAAAGGAGAAAGCCCAAGAUGAACCCAGCAGUCAAAAGUGCAAGUCUCCAAGCCCCCAGAAAAAUCCUGCCUCUUCUGAACUUGCCAGAUCCCAGCAUUCUGCCUCUGAAGAGGGUGGCAACUUCUCAUCUUCCUCAUCUUCCUCUCCGGUGAACAAAGCAAAAGAGGAUGGCCUUUCCAAAAUGGAGGACUCCACCACAUCCACGGGGGCUCUGGCCACCUCCUCUUCAUCCUUAGGCUUUGAGAGUGAGAGUGGUGAGAGCGAAGUUUGCCAGCCCUUGGGAGGAGAAGUAGGGAAAAAAACAGGAGGAGGGGAAGUAGGAGGAAAAGGAGAAGGAAGAGGAGGGGGAGGAGGGGCAGGAGAUGGAACAGAGUGCAGGGACAUUAUUGCCAAGUCUCAGGGCAGCAGGGACCCCCCUAAAGUCGAAGACGCUCACUACAUCACCACCCAUGAGAUCCAGCUGAGUGAGGUGGAACAGGACAUGGAUUUUGACGUGGGUCUGGCCUCCCGCUGGGAUUUCGAGGACAACAACGUGAUCUACUCGUUUGUGGACUAUGCUUCCUUUGGUGGCAGCGACGAGACCCCGGGGGACAUCACCAGUCCGACCGAAGAGGACGACGACAACAGCUGCUACCUCAGCACCACUCCCAGCACCAACACCACCCGGACGCCCAGCCCCACCAGCAGCGACCUGGCCCGCCCCAACGCAGGCCACAGUGGUCUCAACAACAGCAGCACGGAAGUGGGCAGCGGCCCCUCUGACAGUGGCCCCACUCCCCCACCCACUGAGCCUGGCACUGCCACCCAGAGUGAGUCCUUGCCCGAGACCCCGGAGGUAGCUUCAGGGGCAGCAGCCGCCGCCGCAAGCAGCUGUGGGAGUGCAGCAAGCCAGAUCCUCCUAUCAAUCAAACCGGCUUCCCGGGCUAUAAAUGAGCCUAGCAACGUGCAUGCAAAGCAAAACAUUAUUUAUGCUGCCAAGCAUGAAGGCGACAUGAGCCUCCGCGUCUCCACAGCUGCUGAACACAAUUCAAGUUCGCUGAAGCAAAACCCGGCUGCAGCCGUGGCUCAGGACCAUGCAAAGAAAUUCAUUGCUGUCCCUGCUCGCCUGCAAACCAGGUGCGGGGCCAUCCGGGCAAAGGAGCUGGUGGACUACUCCAGCGGAGCCUCCAGUGCCGUGAGCGAACUGGACGAUGCAGACAAAGAAGUGCGUAACCUGACCUCCCGGGCCUUCCGGAGCCUGGCUUACCCCUACUUUGAGGCUCUCAACAUCAGCUCGAGGGAGUCCUCCACCACGCUCUCCGAGGUGGGCUUUGGGCGCUGGUCUACCUUCCUGGACUUAAAAUGUGGGGGUGUUGGGGCCAGGGUGGAGCAGAGCCUCCUCAGAAGCAGUGCGGCCUCUGUGGCUGCAGGUCUGAGGAAGGGCAGUGGGGCCCGGGCCACUGCCGACCAGCUCUACAUCCAGUCCAAGAAGUCUCAGACCAAGGCCUUGGAGUUCGUGGUCAGCAAAGUCGAGGGGGAAAUCAAACACGUGGAGACGCCCCUGUGUUUCCAGAAGCAGGUCCAGACGGACUCCCGCAUAGUCAGCCUUUUGGAGCCCCUGAAUUUACGCAGUGACAGCAAAGCCAGCUUGGCCCCUGGGCCCAGCAGGGCCACCAAAGGCCCCGGCAAGGGUCCCGGCUCGGCGUACACGGACGACGGCUCCGAGACCUCCGAGGGCAGCAAGCCCUCCCGCGCCGACGGCCCCCAGAAGUCCAAGUUCGCCUCCAGUCUGCUCAAAAAUGUCAUUUCCAAGAAGAUGCAGCGGGAACACGAGUUCAAAAUGGAGAGGGGAGAAGUCACGGAUACAUCCCACCACCUAGCAGCCACCUCCAAGGAGAUGGAGGGGGCCCUGGGGAGUGAGAGGCAGCGAGAGAGGGGCCUGCAGAGGCAGAACUCUCGCCACUCCGAGGCCGGUUCUGAGUACACAGUGGUCAGCGUGUCUGAUGCAGGCGGGGAGGGAUCCGUGGCCGGCACCAAAUCCCCCAUCUUCAAAGCCAGUACCCCUCGCGAGCGCAGCGCAGGCCCUAGCCGGAACUUCACCGAUGGACACAUAGAAGUGUGCGAAAUUAAAAAGAGUGCCUCAGAGACCGUCAAGGGCAUCUUCCUCCGCAGUCAGAACAGUGCGUUCCGGUCAUGGAAGGAGAAAGAGGCCGAGAAGCGGGAGGAGCAAGCCCCCAUCCGGAAGCUGAAGCUGCCCAAAGGAGAUCUCGGGGAGAUCUCCGCCAGCAAGAACACCAUCAUGUCUCGCCUCUUUGUCCCCAACAUCCAGCAGACACCCAAGGACAAGCAGCCGGGGAAGCAGGCCACCAAGUACCCUGCUGCCCAGGCCACCUCCACAGCAGUGAUCAGACCCAAGGCUCCUGAAAUCAAGAUCCGGCUGGGGAGUGUGCAGCAGCCGAGCUCAGACUUCAACAUUGCCAAGUUGCUCACGCCCAAGCUGGCCGGUGGCAGCGCCUCUAACCUGUUCAAGACCAUCGAGGACAACAGCAGGGCACAGCAGAAACUCUUCCGUGGAGACAACCUAGAAAAAGUACCCCAUUUCCAGGUGAGAGACAUCAGAGACAAGUCCAAGGCUCAAGGGCCCCUCCACCAGGUGAGAGAUGUCAGGAAACUAAUCAAAGGAUCAGGGGAUAGCAGUGACAAGGGCAGUGUUACCCCAGAGCAGGGCCUGACUGGACCCAAACCCAGGCAGCUGUCUGCAGCAGCUGGUGGAUCUGGAUCCCUGUCGCCCAUGGUGAUUACAUGCCAGGCUGUAGUGAACCAGAGGGAAGACAGCAUGGACCGAGAGCCCAGGGAGAGCAUGGGCAAAGGGGGCGGCAGCAGAGUCUUGAAUUCCUCCUCCCCAGAAGGGACAGUCUUGGUUCACAGGGCAUCUGGCAGGCUGCCUGUGGCUACCAUUGCCCCCAAUAAGCCUGAACAGGGCUCAUACCUGCCUGUGCUCAAGAUUGUCUCCAAAGCUUCCACCCAGAAGACCCCAGAGAAGCUCAAGGAGGAGGAGACCAAGGAGGAAGGGAAAGCCACAAAGCCAGCCCGGAAUGCCCUAGAGAAGCUGACUGCAGCGGUGAGGUCCAUGGAAGAGUUGUACAGCUUCAACAGGAACGAGUGGAAGCGCAAAAGUGACCCCUUGCCUAUGAUGACUGACAGCCACGUGCUUUCGCUCAUUGCCAGCGAGGAGAGGGAAGGGGUAGUGGGUGCUGAGGGAGACCAGGACAGGCUGUCCAAACGGCUGGGUGAGGUAGAAGAGCGGGGCACAGGAAACAAAGCUGGUGUGGUCCUGCGAGGGGCCCCUAUAGAACGUCUGCAGCGGAGAAACUCCAACCCCAGCGCUGAGAGUGUGUCUGCAAGGGCAGCGGCCUUUGAGAACCUGGCCAGGGAAAGACCCCGAUCUCUCUACAUUCCCCCAGUCCACAAGGAUGUGGAGAGAACCCAAACCCUGCAGCCCCUCCCACCACUCCCCAGCAACCGGAACGUGUUCACAGUGAGUGCCAGCAGCAUCCAGAAAACUGGGGGUGUCGCUGGGAAGUUCCCACAAGGACCUUCUCCAGAGAGUCCUUCAGCAGUUAAGGGCAUCAAAUCGCAGGGACUCCGGUCCCUCAAGAUCUCUCCAGCCACCCGGGCACCUCCUGAUGAGGUGACCAACAGGAAAAGUGGCACCAAUUUGGAGAAGAGCAACAGUGACUGUGAGAAUUACCUGACCAUCCCUCUUAAAGGAAGCUCUGCUGCAGGGGAACUUCCUGGCAGGACUGGGGCUUCCAGGGAGGGACCCCUCAACUCCUCAGCCGCCACUCUCUGCAGUUUACCCCCACUGAGUGCCCGCAGUCAGGUCCCCAGUAGCUCCAAAGGCUCUCAGGUUAGUGGAACCAGCCGACCAGCUUGGGGUACUAAACCUGACAACCCCCGGGAGACAGUAGCUGCCCCCCCAGGGCCACAGAGCCCUGAGCAUCCCCCCACCACCAUCUACCACCAACCGCCACUGCCCUUCACCCUACAGGGGGCCCAGCCCCAGGUCCUCUGCUUCUCCCCACCCAGCAUGCCUGCCCCAGCACCUGCAGGCCCAGCUCCGGUCCCUACAGACCCCUUCCAGCAGCCACAGCCUCAGCAGACCCAGCGUAAGAUGCUCCUGGAUGUGACAACUGGCCAGUAUUAUCUGGUGGACACACCAGUACAGCCCAUGACCCGAAGACUGUUUGACCCUGAGACAGGGCAGUAUGUGGAUGUGCCCAUGACCUCCCAGCAGCAGGCUGUGGCUCCCAUGUCCAUCCCUGUGUCUCCCUUGGCCCUGAGUCCUGGGGCUUAUGGACCCACCUACAUGAUUUACCCUGGGUUUCUGCCCACCGUGCUGCCCCCCAAUGCCCUGCAGCCCACACCAAUUGCUCGUACUCCAGGAGGCAGUGAGCUUUCCCCAAUAGCCACAGAGUCUUCCAGCAAAGAGGCAGCUGCAACGUUCACUGAGGCUCCAUACUUCAUGGCUUCUGGUCAGUCUCCAGCCUCCUCAUCUUCCUCAGCCCCAGCAGCCACAUCCCAGCUUGUAGGGGCCAAGGGCUUUGCCCAGCUGCAUGGCAAGCCUGUCAUCAGCAUUACUUCGCAGCCCCUGGGGCCACGGAUCAUUGCUCCUCCUUCCUUUGAUGGCACCACCAUGAGCUUUGUGGUAGAACACAGAUGAUGAGCAGCCACCAGGAAGCGGAGUGAAACAACUGCUGGAGCAAGAUAAAAAGAUGGACUAUUCUUCUUUAAUCUGGAAUUUGUGUUGUGAUAGCACUAAGAAUUAAUUCAUCUGAAAAACUUCUUCCUCGUGUUAUUCUUAAUUUUUGCUUCCUAUAAACCAAGUGCGUAAGUUUCUAUGUCUUCCUGAACAACCCUCUUAAGGCAGUUUUUAUUCUAAUUUUGUUAAGUUGAUUGAAUGAAUGCAUUUUUUUCCCUUUACAAGUAUUUCUUUUUAUACUUCAACACAGGAUAUAAGCUUUCUAUUCACCUCCUUCCCCACUGCACUUGUGACUAGGCAAACAAUUCCUUUGUUCCCAUUGUUCAGUCAAAACAUGCAACAGAAUGGGAUUGGCUCUGUUGUAAACCAAGCCAGCAAAUCAGUAAUUUGGAUUACGAAUCUCUUUACAGAUUCUUGGAAUAUCAAGACUAGCUGGCUGAGUUGUAGUACAUAUUUAAGUUUUCAAUAUGACGUUCUGCUCUUUGAAUCAUAUACCAGCCAAACCUAUUCAUUCUCUUGGUUAUGCUCUAUGUGUUCUUUCAUUGGGUUUGGCAUCAUUUCAAAUGUGAUUGUGAAAAACGGUGGUUUUAAUGUUUGUGCUUUAUUUUUCCCAUUUGUACAGUGUCAUGACACUAUUUGUUGCCUUAAAAUAGGAUGGCUUGAAAUACUGGAGAGCCAAUGAUUGCACUUAAAAUUAAGUACCUAGUCUCAGAAAGAUAUAAAAUAUCUAUUUUCCUUUAAGAAUCGAAUUACUUUUGUGGGUGUUCAGCACUUUUUUUCUUCAGUGAUUCCCUCCAUAGUUGCAUACUCCUGUCUCUCAUGAAUUGUUCGGAGUCUGAAGAUUGACCCGUUUGGGGUAGUAGAGAAGAAUACGGCACCAAUUCAGUGGCUCUGAUUCACUCCAGCCCUAGCCUCACUAACCCGUAGCAGUAACCUAGAGUUAUAGCACUUGCUCCCUAUGAGGCAGAUUUGAAGAGAUGUCAAGAAUCCGAAUCACAGAAUCUUUUAUCGACAUUUAGUACUGUCUCAGUUGUAACCCAAUUCUGAAGGCUGUUUGAGUGAGUGUUCACGGGGAGUCUUGAAGACUUGAUUGAACAGAUAUUUAGCUUGUCAUAAUAAGUGUGUUGAUAUAUACUUGGCAAAUGUUACAUUAAAACACUUCUUAAUUACUUUUUAAAGGAACAAUUUGAAGAUUUUCCCAGGCGUUUUUUGUUUUGUUUUGUUUUUUAAGAAUCUCCUUUUAUUUACCAAUUUGUUUAAUGAUAAAGUAUUCUGGUAAUUUCUUCAAUGCUCUAUUGCUAUUUUAAUCAUCAGCAAUAUUUGGCUUCUGCUUAAAAGUUCUUCAUUUGUCAUGACUAGCAUAAAAUUAUUAAUUACUAGCACUUUUUCACCUCACAGGCAUGAGGCAAAUCUCAGUCUUCAUUUUCUUUCUUUUGUCAUUUCUGGAGGUUGCAUGAAUAUUUGAAUGAAGUGAUAUACUCUGCCUUUUACAACUCAAGUGGAAUCAAUCCAGAGUCUAUGAAACCUUCUGACCCAUAAAACUAUUAUCCUAAUAAUGUCUCUUUAGCUACUGAACUUCCCUUUUAUGUUUUAUUACUAUAAAACCAUUAGUAAAACAUUUCCUAAAUAGUGCCUUGAGCUUGAAUCUAAUCAGAAAAGUGUGAGUAAAAAACUACAAAGCUGAGUUUUGUAUGAUUUAUAUAAUCUUGUUACUUUGUAGUUAUGCUUUCCUUCUUAGACUUUUGAAAAAAACUUAAUUUCACUUUCAGGGACUUCCUUUAAGGGAUCUUACUCUGAAAAAAGUGCUCUUGGUAUAGGGAAAGAUUUGAGGUGGAAACAGCCCUGAUCACAAUUCAAUUGCUUGUUGUGCUGAUGAGCUAUGAAAUGAAGCUAUAGAAUUGAUGAGACAUGAAAUAUGAAAUGUAGCCUCUGUGUAUAAAAAAGAUGCCCUGUGCCAAAUUCAAGAAAAAACAUACUUCUUUAUCACAGAGGUCUUCUUACCCAGGGACAUCAAUCAGCUCCCCCUAGAACUUACUUUUCACCGCCGGGGAACAAAUCUUACAGCAUCAGAGCUUCCUCGUUUUCAGGAGAGAUUGGCUGCGUAUGAGGUAACGUAAUAUUGACCCAAGAAAGCAGAAUCCCUUUCAGAAAUCUUACACUUAUUUUAUUGAAAGCAGCACCAAGAAACCGCCAGUAUUUGAAUACACCUGGUGAGACCUGUAUAGGAUUUGGGUGGAUAGUACCAAAAUUGUUAAGACUGGUUUAAAACCACAUGUGAUUUUCAGGAAAACCCAGUGGCCAUGUUGAGUAGUGACUACUUGCCAACUCUUCAAAAAGAGAGACAACUCCUUCCCUAGAAGAUGUGGUAGAGUUGAGGGUUUGGGACCCAUAAGCUAUGUAUCAGUAUUUAUCACCAGCAGAUUUGAGUUUUAAAUUCUCACAUUGAGGUAAAUUAGGACGCAAACUAAGGAAGGAAAGAAAAAGGUUUUCAUUUGUUUGUUCUAUAGAAGAGGCUCCACCUUUUAAGAAGUUGCCGAGGACACAGCGAUGUCCAAGUGGUUAAAAAAUGCAACUUUUAAAUAAUGUUCUAUUAAUAUGUUAUCUAUUGAUAAUUUUAUAGUUCUCUAUUUCACCAAAUCAUACAAAGCUGCUAGGCCAUUCACUACCUCAAAUGAUAGGGAAAAAUAUUUUCAUGGGCAUGAGGUAAAUCUCAAUCUUCGUUUUCACUGUUUUGUCAUUUCUUGAGGUUGCAUGAAUAUUUGAAUGAAGUGAUAUACCCUUCCUUUUACAACCCAAGUGGAAUUAAACAAGUCUAUUAAGCCUUCUGAUCCAAAACCUAUUACCCUAAUAAUGUCCCUUUAGCUACUGAACUCCCCUUUUAUGUUUUGUUGCUAUAAAACCAUUAGUAAAACAUUUCCUAAAUAGUGCCUUGAGCUUGAAUCUAAUCAGAAUUGCAGAGUCUGGCUUUCAUAAUAUCCUCUUCGGGUUAUAUGUGUGGCUCAGUUUUCCAGAAGAGCCACUUUGUACUUCUUGAUAAAAUAUUUGAAAUAUGCCCCAUUUCAAUUGUUUCUGGAAAACUAAACACAUUUAUAACCCUAUAAAAACUUAAUUCACCAGAAUGUUUUUUUUAAAGCACUCACUGAAAUUGCCCUCAGGAUUAAGGGAAGGCCCAGAUAUGCAGGUAAUGACAUAGCUCUCUACAUGUCCGUUUAUCAUGGAGUAAAUAAGCUAAAGCAAGUUACACUUUACACCUUUAUAACACAUCUCAACUACUGACACGCAUUUCUAAUACAUCCAUAUAUCACUGGAAAUAUCUGGUGAUAUAAAUUCCUUUUUCUUACUUUCAAAUUUGACAUUAUCAUCCUUGCCUCUUAAAAAGAUACAUUUUAAUUGUUUUCAUACUUCAUGGAAAUCAAAGUCUGUGUUUGCUACAAACUGAAUGCUCAUGUUACAUGUAAUAAUACUUUGGACUGCAGGACAGGACACUAUUGAUUCCGAAGCAGAUUGACUAUAAUCUCAUGAUAAGUAUGUAUAUGUGCAUGGGAAAACAACAUUCAAUAAUAGUCUUUGUGUUUAAAAACUAUCAUGGUAUACAUUUUCUUAUGUGGUGCUUGAGGAGUUUCAUUCUACAGUUUACAAGGUGUAGGUUUGCACCCCAAAUUCUCAGGGUAUGCUAUUUCACCCAAAUACUUGAAAGAAAAAGGUGCCCUGUAUUUUACCAGUACUGUUGAGGGGGAAAUUUUUUGUGUAAGUUUGUUUGAGAAAACUGCUUAUGAAAAUCAAAUUCACAAAAUAAGUUAGGCUUUCACAUAAUUUCUAAGGAUAUAUAUAGAAAUAAGAUAUAUAUUAUCAAGACACUGCUUAUAUAUUCUUAACUAACUUCUGGGUCCUAAGUAGACCUCACAGGUGCCUAAAAUCAUUAAUAAAGCAUGUAGCAAUUGCUAAUUGGUGCCUUAAGCUUGAAUCUAAUCAGAACUGUGGGCUCUGGUCCUCUCGGGAAAGAAACAUGUCCAUCUGUGGCACGUGUGAGUACUAGGCCCAGGGGAAGAGUCCGAAAAUUGAACUCCUUUGUAUGUCCUGUGUCUCAGAGGAGAACUGAAUGUUCAGAGCAGCAUAUGUAAGCUGUUAACAUUCAGUGUUUCAUGUUGCAACUAGAGCAUAUUGUUAGAUUUAUUCCUGUUUAAUUCAUAAUGGUGCAGAAUAAAACACACACAUCUAAUUUGAUUUCUAUUUCUUUUUCUUUUUCUAAGUUUGAUAAUUGCUUUUUACAGCUACUGUUAAUAGCAAAAAGUCCUUCCCAGGGCUUCCUGAAUAACCUACUAUACCUGUAUCCAUAGCAGGUGAUGCUUUCUUUUUUUCCCCCACUUUGAAGAUGUGUGUUUCUGUAUUUACACAUAAAUCAUACUUUUGUAUAGUAAAGACAGCAGUGGUUGAAAAGAAUGUGAAUGAGGUAGAAGUUACGUUGGAACAGAGGAGAGUAAAUUGUGUGAUUAAUGGGGAAGGACAUUGGAUAAUGUUGUACCCCUGACUAUGAAAGAAGCUGGUGGUAAAUGGGAAGAAUGUGAAAUAUUAAACUACUCUCAAUAUAGGAAUCUUGGUGGAAAAGUUUCUACCUGAGGUCUGAUGUGAUUCAACUGUAGAAUGCAAUGAGCUUGGCCAAGGAGACUUUGAAUCCAGUCAAGAGGACUUUGAAUCUCAACAGCACUGAGAAUCACAUUUUCAGUGCAUUGCAUAUGGAGUAAACUAUUUAGACAAGGAUUCUGUGAGACUAGUCAACUUACCUUUCAUUGCCAGCAUUUGUAAAUGAUUGUGCAAUCUUGUGCAAUGGUCUUUUAUUUUGACUGUUUUCGAAAAAAAUGUUUGUUUUUUUCCCCAGUAAAAGUAAGUUCAAAGAAAA